ACCCGGGGACUGGCGAACUGUGGAAAACUUGAUGGACAACUGGACCAAUAAACCUGGAUACCCUGUUGUACACGUAACCAGAUAUAACAGGAGCAUAGAAUUACAUCAGAGACAAUUCUCCUUCGAUGGCAUACAGGACAAUGGCGUUUAUUUCUGGAUCCCGAUCACCGUAGCGACUUCUUCUAAACCUGACUUUACAACAACCUGGACAAAUAUUUGGCUUGGACCACAAUCCAAGACCAUUUAUCUGAACGAAUCUGAGGACUGGGUACUCGUGAACGUUCAGCAAAGUGGCUUUUAUCGCGUACAAUACAAUUACGACUCAUGGAACAGUAUAAUAAAGGCGAUAAGGACAAUAAAUUACGGUGGCAUCCAUGUGACAAACCGCGCCCAAAUCGUCGACGAUUCUUUGAAUUUGGCUCGCGCAGAUUACAUCUCAUAUUGGGAAGCAUUCGAAUACGUGAUCUAUCUGAAAAGCGAAAAAGAAUACCUGCCGUGGAAAGCGUUCUUCAAUGGAAUUAGUUAUCUACUUCAACGAUCCGAUGGACAUCUGGCUUACGAUCCACUUAAAGCCUAUAUUCGAUACUUGGCGUCGAAUAUGUACAAGUCACUCGGUUUCGUGGAUGACGAGUCAGACAACCAUCAAAGGUUACUGAGCAGAGAACUGAUUUUA